AUGUCUUUGAAUCAAACGCAAAUCAAGCAGGAAAUCACCCUCCCACCUGGCCUGAGCAAAACAAUUUCAAAGCAAAACCAAGAGCCUGUGCCGUGCACUGAGCCGGUCCCAUGUCCACAGCAGCAACCUGAAGUCCAAGUCCCAACACCUUGCCCAGAACCAGUCCCAGUAGUAGUGGUACCAUGCCCAGAAAAAGCAGUGCCAUUGCCAACACCGGUGGUGGAACCAGGCAAGGGAGAAACACCAGUGGUCGUAAUACCCAAGUGUCCACCCCAGGAGCAACAAGAGCAACAGCAAUGCAAGCUACCACCAACUUUACCAACUGUAUCAUGCUCUGAGCCUGUUCAGUGCCCUGAAGAGAAAUCAGUGUGCAAAGAGCUGCCUGUGCCAGCCCCUGUUUCCUGCUCUGAACCAACUCCAUGUGUCCUGGAGAAGCAGGAGUGCAAGGAGAUCCCUGUGCCAGUUCCUGUCACCUGCUUGGAGGCUGCAGCAUGUCCCCAAGAGAAGCAGAAAUGCAAGGAGAUCCCUAUGACAAUCCCUGUUCCAUGCCCUGAACCUGCACCAUGUCCCCAGGAGAAGCAGGAGUGCAAGGAGAUCCCUGUGCCAAUCCCUGUUCCGUGCCCUGAACCCACACCAUGUGCCCAAGAAAAGCAGCAGUGCAAGGAGAUCCCUGUGCAAACCCCUGUUCCGUGCCCCGAACCUGCACCGUGUCCUCAGGAGAAGCAGGAGUGCAAGGAGAUCCCUGUGCCAAUCCCUGUUCCGUGCCCUGAACCUGCACCAUGUCCCCAGGAAAAGCAGGAGUGCAAGGAGAUCCCUGUGCCCACCCCGUGCCCUCCAGAGCAGCAGGAGUGCAAGGAGACCCCUGUGCCAAUCCCUGCUCCCUGCCCUGAGCCAGGGAAGUGCUCCCUUCCCGAGAAGUGUCCUCCCAUCGAGCAGCAGCAGGUCAAGCAGCCCAACCAGUGGCCACCCAUGCAGAAGUAA